GAGGCGGGGAUGAGUUAGCUUGCUAGCUGCAUGUAGCCCACACUUCAACUGUUACGAGCUCAAAUUUUUACUCGACUGUUUUUGCUUCUGGUUCGGACGCAGCGAUGACCAUUUGACGUCAAGGAUGGACAUAAGUAAACAAUGACGGGGGAGAAAAAGAAGAAGAAGCGGCUGAACCGCAGCAUUCUUCUGGCAAAGAAAAUUAUAAUAAAAGAUGGAGGAAGUCCUCAGGGAAUCGGUGAGCCCAGUGUUUACCAUGCUGUGGUGGUCAUCUUCCUGGAGUUUUUUGCAUGGGGUCUCCUCACCACCCCAAUGCUUACAGUAUUACACCAGACAUUCCCCCAACACACAUUCCUGAUGAAUGGACUUAUUCAUGGAGUGAAGGGCCUAUUAUCAUUUCUUAGUGCUCCUCUGAUAGGAGCAUUGUCAGAUGUAUGGGGACGCAAAUCCUUCUUACUAUUAACAGUCUUCUUCACAUGUGCACCCAUUCCCCUGAUGAAGAUCAGCCCAUGGUGGUACUUUGCAGUUAUCUCCAUGUCCGGCGUCUUUGCCGUCACCUUCUCAGUGAUCUUUGCUUAUGUAGCAGACAUCACGCAGGAGCAUGAGAGGAGCACAGCUUACGGUUUGGUAUCGGCUACCUUUGCUGCCAGCCUGGUUACCAGUCCAGCCAUCGGAGCCUACCUGUCUGUGGCUUACGGUGACACGUUAGUGGUGAUCUUGGCCACAGCCAUCGCCCUGCUCGACAUCUGCUUCAUCCUGGUGGCCGUACCGGAGUCGUUACCUGAAAAGAUGAGGCCAGCGUCGUGGGGAGCGCCCAUCUCCUGGGAGCAGGCAGAUCCCUUUGCAUCUCUGCGCAAAGUGGGCCAGGACUCCACGGUGCUCCUCAUCUGUAUUACAGUGUUUCUCUCCUACCUCCCCGAGGCCGGACAGUACUCCAGCUUCUUCCUCUAUCUCAGACAGGUCAUACGCUUCUCCCCAGAGACGGUGGCUGCUUUUAUUGCAGUUGUGGGGAUCCUCUCAAUACUAGCUCAGACGGUGGUGUUGGGCAUCCUGAUGCGUUCCAUUGGGAAUAAAAACACAAUCCUCCUCGGCCUUGGAUUUCAGAUCCUCCAGCUGGCCUGGUACGGUUUUGGCUCUCGGCCCUGGAUGAUGUGGGCGGCGGGAGCAGUUGCAGCCAUGUCUAGCAUCACCUUCCCCGCCAUCAGCGCCAUCGUUUCCCGUAAUGCAGACCCUGACCAGCAAGGUGUUGUCCAGGGGAUGAUCACUGGAAUUCGGGGGCUCUGUAACGGUUUGGGUCCUGCCCUUUACGGUUUUGUCUUCUACUUGUUCCACGUGGAGCUCACUGACCCUGACGGCUCUGAGAAAGGUGGCAAAAUCAACAUGGCCAACCCCACUGACGAGAGCGCCAUCAUUCCAGGUCCGCCUUUCCUCUUCGGUGCAUGCUCAGUGCUGCUGUCUCUGCUGGUGGCCCUGUUCAUCCCUGAGCACACAGGGCCGGGCAUGAGGCCCGGGGCCUAUAAGAAGCACAGCAACGGGGCGCAGAGCCACUCCCACAGCCCCCAGGGCAGCGGGGCCGAGGGCAAAGAGCCGCUGCUGGAGGACAGCAGCGUAUAACCUCAGCCAAGGAGGGCAGACUCCCUUGUUCCAGCCCAAAAAGCCCCUCCACACAUGGACAGUUUCACACAUUUGACCACAUGGGCACACAUGCACCUCGGGCACACAUCAGACUCAAGUGCCACGAAGAGGAGUUUGUGACUGUGUGUUUGUGUCCGCAGCACAUUAGUGGGGGCUCCAUCGUUUGCAGCCCUUUUCUUUCUCAAAGCAGGGUUUUGUGAGGACUCUAAAAAAUCCGAUAUGAAAAGGCUUUUUUGAUUAUUUUACAGGCUGCAGUUGAAAGGUGUGUAUGUGUGUGUGAGUGUGUGUGUGUGAGAGGGAGAGGGAGGGGCCUGGCUCAGCAGGACUCCAGUCUUUGGUUUCUCUAAAGCUGUAACACAGUGGAAAAUGCAACAGCUUCUCCCCCCUACUGGUGCAAAACCAGACCGAAGCGAUUUUGGUUAAGAGUGCAAGUAGGGUUUAUCUCAAAUGUUACUAAUUACCUGUGUGAGUCUUGAUAUUUUUUUUUUUUUUUUUAAGUUAGUCAAUUGGCAACUUAUUCAACAAGACUGUAACAGUGAGUUGAACGGUAACGCUCUUUCACAAGUUGACUUCUGUUCUGAUGCUCGUCUUUGAGAAGACAUUUGUUGUUGACGUUUCCAAGAAGGGAACACAGUUCUUCCUCUGUGCACACGUCGACGAGGAGGUGCAGCAACCGUUAACUUUGAGAGGAGUCCUGAAGAGGCGCUGUCUCAUCUCAGUCACGAUGGUCAGCUGGUUCAGAUAUUUAAAGCUUUGUUAGGACCACAAUGAAUAUCACACUUCUUCCAGAGAGAAGUGCAGAAAAGAGACCACUUUAUUAGCUGAACUGUUUUUCAAUGUUUACUUGCCAAUCUCUAGAUUCGUAAUACAGUUUGGGUUGUAUAUUUUUCUGUUCAAAUUGAAGGCUAGUUGUGCUUCAAGUUUUUAUUCAAAAAAAAAAAAACAACAAAUGUUGCCUUGAAGUGACUUAAGAUAAAUAUAGACAUUACGUAACCUGUAUGAAGACCAUGGUCUGAAAAGGCUCUGUAAUCUUACACUAUUGCUCCCAUCGGAGCUGUUAAUGACUCUUUUUAUUCCUUUGUAUUCAUGCCCUUCAUGUUACUUUUGUAUCCUGACAUUUAUCACCAUCAGGGUUAAGGCUUACAGAACCAUGGUUUUAUUUUAUAAGCCUCUGGACCAUUUGGAGCUAGAGUGUUGUUAUCAGCAUGUCAGUGUUGGAACUGACUGCUAAUACCAAUUCUUUGAAUUUAUAUCACAGGUUCAAGAGAAUAUCAGUCACAGUGCUGCAGUUUAAAAUUGAAAGGUUCUUGGAUAAGGACUGCAACAAUUUCCUAUGAUCCCCUUUAAACGGCCAGGCAAGCAGUUAUAAAGAGUCAGCAUUACAGCACCUCAUGGACCUGUCCGUUAACACGUUUGAACUUCUAAUGUCUAACAUUGGGAACAUCUGUUGGCAGAACAAAAAUAAUAUUCAAAUCUAUGCUUUUAUGCAGAAUUGUGUGAAAUUUGAACAAGCAGUCUACAGAGUUGGCCAAAAGAGACUAGUCUAACACCUGCCCCGGGGAGCCUUUGUGGAGUUUUUUUCUUGCGUACUUAAAAGGGAAGUUGUGGUGAAAUGAAUCAGUCGGUUGUCAUCUGCAGUUCUGCUCAGUAGUUGGUUCCACAUAUUAUUCACUUUACCACGAUCAGACCUCCCAGAUGAGUUUUAGUGUGUGAGCCCAGGGUUUUCAUUUGUCAGUUUCCAGUGGAAAAUGUUAGGAAGGGUCUGUGGUGACCAACAAAAGCAGAACCACACAGAUGUGGAGAAGACGGUGACUUAAGCAAAGCUAUGAUGUGGGUUUACUGUUGUCAAACUGCAGCUGCUCAAAAACGGUUGCACAAAAUACACGUUUGGUGCUUUGCAUAAAGAAGUUGUAUAGAGUUAAUAUAAUAAAAUUCAAUGCAAAGUUGGACAUUUUAUGAGAGAAAAAGCUAAGAGUUUAGUAUGUUGUGACUUGUUGGGAGGGUCUGCCCUGUCCCUUUUUUCUUUCUUACAAAAAUCACAAGUAGAGCAUUACUUUGAAUGCAGCUCUUACUGUAGCUAAACUGAUAAUAAAGGAAGUGUCCAAACCCGUUCACUUUGCAUUUAGAAAAAAUUAAUUUGGUCCGUGUCAUGGCUGCGGCCUACAUUCUUUCUGGUCAUGUGACUCAAACUUUCCAAGCUAAAACAUUAUCCAACCGUGCUCCUGCUCUGAAAAUGACAGUUGAAAUUGAUGUCACCUCCUGUGGGCGAGAAAAGGAAGAUCUGUUUAGUUUUGGAUGUUUAACAUGCAGAUUGUUCUCCACUUUAAAAGUUAAUAGGUUUUGCUCAUUUUUCUAAAAUAAAUAAAUUUACACGAUCUAGCGUUUAAAUUAUUUGACCCUCUCCUUUUGCUUUUAGUGGAAAUUAAAUGUUUGCAUAGUAAUUAACUGUUGCCAGGAGAGCAAUAUUCGAGAACAAAGAUUACAUGAUGGAGUUUAUUCACGAAGGGGAAAGAUCACAUCUUGAACUACGUAGGCUGGCUCAGAAAUAGUCACAAAAAAAAACAAUAUACAGCAAACUGUAAAACCCAAAUUGCUCAUACUUUGUGCAGCACUCUUGGACGUAAACUUGUCUGCAGCUCGACGGCUGCUGCUCCUUCAUCUGCCACUAAGGUUUGGUACUUUUGAAUUCAUUCACAUCGCGGAAAAAAGUUCAGAAUUCAGAAUUUACUUCUUAAUUUCUGAAUUUAGAAAUGCCUCCUCUAGCUAACAAACGUGUCACAAGUUUUGUGCCAAACUUGUUUGGUCUUUUUUUCUUUUCAAUUGUGUAUAUGUAUUUGUUUUCUUGUCUGUCGUUGACAGUCUUUGUGUGUGUGUGUUUGAGUGUGUGUGUUUUCUUUUAAAUAUCUUUUUUUUUAAGCCAGUGAAGUCAUUCAGCCAUUUCUAGGAUUGUUUCCGUCAUCAUUCUUAUUUCACAAAUUAUCAAAUCUCUCUGUUUUGCAGUAGAGGUUUUCAUUUUGACAACAAGCAUUUCACUCCUUUCCCUGAUUUUAAGGUUGUUUUGUUUUGUUGUUUUUUUCCAGCAUUAUAUCUGCCACCAUAAACUCAGCAUUCACUUUUCUUUUAAAUUAUUUCUUUCAGAAGAGUUUCUACUACACAGGAAUCUGUAAAAACAAUUAGUUAAUUUAAUGUCUGCAUUAUUAAUCACUUAUUGAACCAACACUGAGGUGAACACAAAUUGAACAUCCUGUAUAAAUUGGGAAGAUUCUGGACCAGCUCCCACAUGCACUCAUUCAGCCUCCAAGCAGUCGACUUCAAACGUACAGAAAUCGCUCGUACGUCCAACAAAUGUACAUAUUUAUUGCUGAAGGAGACAGCUGCCUCUCGGUCUGUUUGAUAGUAUGGUGCAAAUAUAUAUUUCUCAAGACUUACCUGCUAGCCACUCUUGUUUUUAGUAAGACGUUGUUUGUGGCCUGAACCCCUUCUCUCUGUGUGCCUAAAUUUAGCCAAGAAAUGAGUGUGGCAAUGUAAGUAAAUGGUGGUUAUUAUGUAAAUAUGGGAAACUAAUGAUAAACUAUUUAUUAAAGGUUUAUUGUACGAUGAAA